AUGCAGAGUGAAGGAACCCGGUCGCUACAGCAAGAUGAGAAUCUACAUCUAAUGCGUCAUGGAACGGGUGACGAUGAUGACGCUGGCUUCAAUGAUAUUCGUAUUGACCUUCGCGGUGGCAUUGGUCCUAAUUUGAACUAUAAUCAAAGGUAUAAUGCUCAUCGAUAUCCAUCUGAAAAUGAUCAACGUUCACAAACUUCAGUACCAAGUCGAGUAUCAAGAUAUGCAGAAUAUCCUCAAGUUCGUCCAACUAAUCCGUUGUAUUCAAGCCAAUCAACAAUAAAAACACAUGGUUCAAAUCCACAAGCUGCUGGUAUACCCAGCUCAAAGAGUUCUGCUACAUUGGUGAAUCGUCGCCAAAAAUUUGAUCCACAAGCUCCACGUCGUCCAUCCGAUUGGAGAUGGUUAGCGAUAUUAUGUAUAUUUCUAUUUUUUCCGCUCGGCUUAUUUGCAUUUGCAUUCGCUCGUAAAGCACAAACUAAAUUUCGCGAUGGUUUUGUUGUGGAUUCGCAUAAACUUAAUAAACGUGCUCUCAUACUUUGUAUUGCAUCAAUACUAUGUGGUACUGCAUUAAUCAUUGGUUUACUUUUUGGUUUCGAUGCUUGGCCAAGAACAAAUGGAUAG